ACAGACAUUUGAGGUGUUAUUCACUCAUUCAGUAAAUAUUUACUAAAGCUGAUUAUUUCAAGAAACUUGUUCUAAGAGCUAUAUAAAAAGCAAAGAUUAAUAAAGACAUCUUUGAGCAACAAAUGAAAAACAACCAUAAAAUAUAAUAAAAGUUGAGUGAUAUAUAACAAAACUAUGAGAGAUACAGAGACUCAGGCAUUCAAAAGAGAAGGCUUCAUGGAAAUGACAGCACUUAUUGAGGAGAGACUUAAAGGAUAAAUAGGAUUUGAAAAGGCUGAUGAUUCCAAGUUGAAAGAAUGCCAUGUGCUAAAACAUAGGUGCAUAAAAUAGAUAAAGAAUAAAAAAAUCACAAAGGGUUUAUUGUAUCUUGAGCCCAUGGGAGGAUGUAAUCAAAGGAGACCGUGGAUAUAUCAUAUGAGGAUGGAUCAUUAAGAAUCUUAAAUACCAAACUCCCACUAAGGAAUUUUUAUUUGUGCAUACAUUACUUGGAUUUUUCUCUUUUUGAUUGGUAAGAGUUGUGCUUUUCUCUCAUAGAUUUCCUCUUGUCUUUUUAUUAAUCCAAAUACUAGUGAAAGGCAUCGAAUUUUCAGGUAAUAUUGAAUUAGCAAUAGAGUGUCUAUGCAUUCUCAAUCAGUUUACCUGAGGAUACGGAUCUGUGUAGUGAUUGGCUAAGUUAAGCAAAAAGGUUAUCAGUCUCAAAUAUGAACUACUUAUGGAUGAAGACCCAUUAUUAGAAUAAAGAUAAUAAUGAAAGGUAGUGAAAGCAGGGUAUAAUAUUAGAGGCAAAGUAAUUGUUGAAGAAUUAGAAAUAAAAUUUUGGUUAACAAAAGUAAGCGAGAAUAAUUUUUGGUUUGGGGCCUUACUUAGGCCCCCCUGCAACACCACUCUCGCCUCUAACACAUAGACAUACCAGGGACCAUACAUGAGAAAGAUAGCCCCAAGGGAGCUCUGUAAAACAAAAAUAAAGGAAUCCUUCAACUCAAAAUGCAACACUCACCAUUUUUUCCUAUCAAUUCCAAAUGUCCUCAGAUCCCCAGAACAUCACGACUCCUGGUGCAGCACACCUCUGAUUGGCCAUCCCCAGCAGAGGUCAGAGGAGCCAUGGGGAACCACACCACUGUCACCGAGUUUGUCCUGCUGGGGCUCUCAGAUGCCUGUGAGCUGCAGAUGCUCAUCUUCCUGGGGCUCCUCCUGACCUGCCUCUUCACUCUACUGGGGAACCUCUUCGUGGUCCUCACCCUCAGGGACAGGCACCUCCACACCCCCAUGUACUACUUCCUCCGCAACUUUGCCAUCCUGGAGAUCUGGUUCACCCUGGUCAUCUUCCCCAAAAUGCUGUCCAACAUCCUGACAAGAUACAGGACCAUCUUCCUGACAGGUUGCUUUCUUCAGUUUUUCCUCUAUUUCUUCCUGGGAACCACAGAAUUCUACCGACUGGCAGUGAUGUCCUUUGACAGGUAUGUGGCCAUAUGUAAACCCUUGCGUUAUGUCACCAUCAUGAGCAAAAGGGUCUGUGUCCAGCUAGUUCUUUGCUCAUGGAUGACAGGAUUCCUUAUCAUCAUCGUUCCAAGUUUCAUCAUAUUUCAGCAGCCAUUCUGUGGCCCCAAUAUCAUUAAUCAUUUCUUCUGUGACAACUUUCCACUCCUGGAACUCAUAUGUGUGGACACAAGUCUGAUUGAGCUUUUGGGUUUUAUUUUGGCCAACUUCAGCUUACUGGGCACUCUGUCCGUGAAGGCCACCUGCUAUGGCCACAUCCUUCACAUCAUCCUGCAAAACCCCUCAGCCAAGGAGAGGCAGAAAGCCUUCUCAACCUGCUUCUCCCACAUCACUGUUGUCUCUCUCUUCUAUGGCAGUUGCAUCUUCAUGUAUGUCCAGUCAGGCAAGGGUGGCCAGGGCGAGGACAGGAACAAUGUGGUGGCCUUGCUCAAUACCAUGGUGACCCCGAUGUUCAACCCCUUCAUCUACACCCUGAGGAACAAACAGGUGAAGCAGGUGUUUAGGGAGCAGGUGAACAAGCUCUUCUUAUAAAGAUGUACCGGACCUGAGAGGAGGGGAGGAAGUUACCUCCUUGCCUGAACCUCUGCAAAUGCAGCUUCUGUCCUGAUCUCCAUGAACUAUCCCCUCCUAGAUAGUUUUCAGCAUGUCCUCUAAUCUACAGUGGUUGCUCACAUGCAUCAUUAUUGGCUCACACAGUCUUCUCAGAGUACAGAAAGCUCAGCGUACCACAGCUAUGUCUGGUAUGUCCUAAUGUUUCUGACCCUAGCCUAUACCUGAGUUUCUUAAUCUUGCCUCAUUUUUAAGUUAUAAUUAUAAACUUAGCAUACC